GGGCAGUGCGACGUGUGCGCGGAGCCGGGCCCGGCGCCGCCGCCAUGCUCGACUUCUUCACCAUCUUCAGCAAGGGCGGCCUCGUCCUCUGGUGCUUCCAGGGCGUCCGCGGGCCCGCCGCCACCGCCCCCGUGAACGCCCUCAUCCGCUCCGUCCUGCUGCAGGAGCGAGGUGGCAACAACUCCUUCACCCAUGAAGCCCUCACGCUCAAGUACAAACUGGACAACCAGUUUGAGCUGGUGUUUGUGGUGGGCUUUCAGAAGAUCCUGACUCUCACUUAUGUGGACAAGUUGAUAGAUGAUGUUCACAAGGAGUUCAGGGACAAGUACCGCAAUGAGUUCCAGCAGAAGGGCGCCCUGGGCCUCCUCAACGGCACCUUUGAUUUUAAAGACGACUUCAUGCGCCUCCUUCGGGAUGCAGAGGAGAGCAGCAAAGUCCGAGCUCCCACGGUGAUGAAGACAUUUGAGCAGUCUCUCAAGUCCCAGAAGACUGUCAAGUGUAUGAUAGAAACCCGAGGGGAGAAACCAAAGGAGAAGGUCAAAACCAAGAAGAACAAAGGUUCCAAAAAAGAGGGAGCUGAAGCUGUCACAGCAUCUGGGAAAGCAUCGGUGGGUGAGAAGCAGCAGCCCUCCCCAGCUGGGGACAGGGAGGAGCUGACCAAGGAUGAGAUCCUGCAGAAGAACCGAGAGGAAUUCUUCAGGAGACACAUGAAAGCAGGAGAGAAAUCCAGCAAGUCCCCAAAGCCCGAGGUGCAGAAGGAGAAGGGGAAGAAGCCCCGAGUGUGGGACCUGGGGAACUCUAAUGCCAAAGUGCUGGAUUACAGCAACCCCGCUACCAACGGGAGCGCCGAGGCCUGUCCUGCCGAGGAGUUUGACCCUGACAGAGCCCUGGGGGAUCGAAAUCGGGAGCCUGGCCGCCUCUAUGACCUUGAGUACGAGAGUGAGGACGAGGCUGAAGAGGAGAAGGUUCUUCAGAACCCUUCAAAACCCAGUGUGAAGAAGGGUGGCCUGGGGGGCAUGUUUGGCAUGCUGAAAGGCCUGGUGGGCUCCAAGAGCUUGACCAGAGAGGACAUGGACCCUGUGCUGGAGAAGAUGAAGGAUCACCUGAUCGCUAAAAACGUGGCAGCAGAGAUUGCAGUCCAGCUCUGCGAGUCUGUGGCCAAGAAACUGGAAGGGAAGGUGAUGGGAACAUUCACCACCGUGACCUCAACAGUGAAGCAGGCCCUGCAGGAGGCUCUGGUGCAGAUCCUGCAGCCCCAGCGCCGCGUCGACGUCCUGCGCGACGUCAUGGACGCCCAGCGCCACCGCCGGCCCUACGUCGUCACCUUCUGUGGUGUCAACGGCGUCGGGAAGUCCACCAACCUGGCCAAGAUCUCAUUCUGGCUCAUCGAGAACGGUUUCAGUGUCCUCAUUGCGGCCUGUGACACCUUCCGGGCGGGGGCGGUGGAGCAGCUCCGCACCCACACGCGUCGCCUCAACGCGCUGCACCCCCCGGAGAGCCACGGCGGGAGGACCAUGGUGCAGCUCUACGAGAAGGGCUACGGCAAGGACGCCGCCGGCAUCGCCAUGGAGGCCAUCUCCUAUGCUCGGAACCAGGGCUUCGACGUGGUGCUGGUGGACACGGCGGGUCGCAUGCAGGACAACGCGCCCCUGAUGACGGCCUUGGCCAAACUCAUCGCUGUCAAUGCUCCUGACCUGGUCCUGUUCGUUGGGGAAGCGCUGGUAGGGAACGAGGCUGUGGAUCAGCUGGUCAAGUUCAACAAGGCCCUGGCUGAUCACUCCAUGGCCCAGACGCCGCGGCUCAUCGACGGGAUCGUCCUCACCAAGUUCGACACCAUCGAUGACAAGGUGGGAGCUGCCAUUUCCAUGACCUACAUCACAAGCAAGCCCAUUGUUUUUGUUGGUACUGGACAAACCUACUGUGAUCUGCGAAGCCUUAACGCCAAGGCUGUGGUUGCAGCGCUCAUGAAGGCCUGAAGAAGAAACCACAUCCACCAAAUUGCUGUUUGCAGAUGGCCGAGAAGAACAUGCUUUAGUCUUUCCCAUGUAGUGCAGGACAGAAUGAAGGGACACUGGUGUGAGGGGUGGGGUUUGUUGUUUUGGUUUUUUUUUUUGGAGAAAAGCUCUUGUAUCCAGUAAAAACCCUCCCCCUGGGUUCCUUCCUUCUGUUGGAAGUGACACAGGCUCCCUUGUGGGAAGGCUGAUCCCAGAGCUUUGUAUUCUUGGUGCUGCACAGAGCAGGGGCUAUCCAAGGACCUGCUGGGCUAUUUUGGGGAGUUGGAAGGUGAUUUUUUUGAGCUGCUUUUGAUUUAUCUGUUUUUUUUAAGACCAGCUUAAGGAGUGACUUUUGUGUCAAGAGGUGAGCAGGAGCGAGUGAGAAGUGGCUGUUCAUGUCACUGCUGGUGGCAGCUCCACCGAAGCUGAUAAACCAAAAAUGGGCUGGGAGGGGAGAUGCUAAAUUGCCUUAAGGUCCCCGUUUCUGUCGGCGCCGGGAUGCUGGAGCAGGGUACCUGGAGCAGAGCUGGAGAGCUGCAGCACCUUGGUCCCUAAUCAUGGCCCUGUCUCCUCUUUGCUAGUAAAAAGGAGGAAGAAAAAGAAAGAAAAUACUGGAAGAUGAUGGUUGCUUCUUGCUGCUUUCCUGCACCCUUUCUCCAACCCCUCGAGUGCCUCUGGAAGUGCUACACUGAGUAAUACAAACCUCUCUCUGGUGUCUUGUAGCUCUGUAUUGCAGAUGUGCUCUAGUGCAAUAAAUCAAAUGCUGUCUGCUAAGACACAUAAUUUAUAUAAAAUAAACUUCAUAAUUUGUUCUCUGUGUAUAAAUAA